AUGGGUAACGGAUCUGGCCAGCGGCCGCUUUCCGAAGUGAGUCCCAUGGCCCAGAGGCGCAACUCGCCAAGCUGGAACCAAGUUACCAAGAUGCCCAAUGGUGAAUCGCCUGCCUACGAUGUCUCCUCUCUCAACAGCAAAGCCUCCCCGCGUCUGUUCUGGAAAGGCCGCGAGUCCCCGUCGCCUUUCUCCAAGGGGGCCGAAAACAAAAUGCCCUACGACCCAGAGGGAUCUUAUUUCCCGACCCGGCGCCCGUCGCUCGAGAAUUUGAAGCGCGUCUCCAAGGUGAAGAACCAUAGCAUGUUGCUUGAAGGCGGCACAGAGUACGACCCAGCCUCGGUCGUUGUUCCCCAGAGGCCACUGGCACGCGAGCGAUCACCGCAGCGCGACAGCCAAAUGAAUGUUGCCAAGUCCCAGUUCGAUGACGAAGAUGACUCCUAUAUCCCACGACCCCAUUCCCCAAGCAAGGACCAAGCAUCGCCAAGCAAAUCAUCGCUCUCCAAGGGCAGCCGAUACGGCAAAGGAUUUGAUCCUCAAAAUGAUAUCUGGUCCGAGUAUGGUAGCGCGGGCCAUCGACAUGCCAAGAGUGUCACCUUUGAUCAUGCUCCUCCUCAAAUUAACGAAUAUGAAAUGACGACACCUGACCCAUCCUCAGUUGCUUCUGAAUCCCGAGAAAAUAGUUAUGAGUCGGAGGAAGAGGAGGGUGACGUCAGCUUCGAGCAUGAGUCUUCCAUUGAGCGCGACGAUAGUUUCGACGCUUCGCUAGAGGACAUUGAGAAGACUCCUGUUGUGCUGCCCGAGGAUUGGCGUUUCAUGAGCCCUAGCACAGAUGACGAGGGUGAUGUGUUUACCGAGCAUGUUGAGGGCCGCAACACGGAGGACCGACCAGUCUCCCGUGAGAGAGACUCAUCCCACCACAAACGUGUAGAAUCGUUGGACUCUAAUGGCGAGCGACGCCCCCUCCCACCUCUGCCAUCAGUCAACCGCAUGUCGGGUGCGCGACCCUCUUCGCCUGGCAAGUUAGGUGCCGCAUUCGAACUGGGGAGUGCCGGCCAAAGAGUUCUUCCUGCACCUCCGGCCGCUGCCUCGUAUAACAAGUCUGACAUCGGGGGUUCCGUGUCCCUGGAGGAUCGGCUCCGCCUUAUGAUGCUGCAUGAGAAAGAAGACAAAAAUGAGACCCAUGAAGACCACGCAGAGAGUGUCGAGGAGACUGAGAAGAAGUUAGUGACAGCGCCGGAGCCUGCAUCAAAAACUGAUGAUGCCGAGGAAGAGGAAGACCCGAAGGAGACCUUCUUCUCACCUCCCCGAAUUUCGCGUGACUCAAUCCUGAGAGACAUGCGCAAGGGUGAUAGCUACGACGACGACGAUAGCUUUGACGAAUCCUCUCAAAUUGCUUCCAGCCCUCGCCAUUAUGACCAUUAUGACCCUGACGUUCCUAUUCCUUCAUUGGAAACCGAUGAUGAUGACUCCUCGAGCGUGAUCAUUAAGCAGGAGGAGAACGACGAAGACAUGUACUCUAUCACGGAAUACUACCAGAACAUGUCAGACAAUAGCUUGUCUUCCCGUGACCAGCGGGCUAAGUACGACGAGGACAGCAACUACUCCCUCCGUUCCGCAGCAGAGGCCGCAGAACGCGCCCGAAACGACAACAACAGCCAGGGCUCUGGCCAAACAACCCCAACUGCCGAAGAGAAGGGCACUGCGGAACAAGCUAUCCAUGUUAAUGGGACAAAGGAUGAGCAAGGACAAGAUGCCUCAUCCAAGGACCAGCAUUUGGAUAUGACUUCAAUUCGCCAGUCCCUCGGACGUCCUGUCACCCCUGAGAUGCACGAAGACCAAGCUUCAGAGCCCUCCACUCCAGACUCCGUGAUUCGUCACCCCAUUGAAGACGACGAGGAAUACGAGGAAGAGCCAGAAGAAGAGCAGCAGCCCGAAGAGGGACAGGAGGAGCGUCAGGAUGAAGCCGAGAGCUCCUCCGACGAGUCUGUGCCUGAACCGGUGGCCACAAUCAGAGCCCCUGGCGCCGGCCUCAAGACCCGACCCUCAUUGACCCCUGCCGAUAUGCAGUCAAUGGCUGCCACUCGCCGCAAGAUCAGUGGUCAACAUAUUCCCCCAGUGCCUCCACUCACCAAGCAGAUUUCCCAUGAGUCGGCUCCCUACGAUCAUGAAAACAAGCAGACCGACUCGCCGCCUAAAUUGGCCCUUCCCACCGAUUUCAACCAACGGCAAAGCAGUCUCAUGAAGCUGGACAUCCCGUUCAGUAUUCAAGAAGAGAGCCUUGGCUCCGGACUGAACAAGGAGUUUGAUCGUGUCAUCGAGUCCCAAAAGGUUGCGUUCCACCUGGCUCUUUCCCCAAUUCCCCGUCUUGCUCCUUCACCGGCAGCAUACCCCCAGGGUCCCGUUACCCGAGAAAAUCGUUUUAUCCCCGCUGACUCUUGUUUUCCCGUACAGCGAGGCUACCUCAUGAGACAGAACACCAAAGUCAUCAUUGCUAGCAGCCGCAACGAGGAAGAACCCAUGCCCUCUCCCGAACAGACUCCCCAGGACCCACGUGGUACAAGGUCUGCUGGAUCCUCUCCACGCAAGCCUAGCCAACAAACUUGGACCACUGUCCCUUGGAACGGAUCAGCGCGACGCUCAAGUAUCAAGCCCGCCACUGGGAUUCCGAAGAAGAAGCCUGUUCCUGGUGCUGGCCCAGUGCCUCCCCUCCCGGGACAGGCUAGUAAUGUUCAAGACGCCCCGGCCACCAUCGAAGAGAACGAGCCAGUUACCUCUGAGUCAUUUGAAGAUGGUGAAGAGCGUGGUCGUCUGUUCGUGAAGGUUGUAGGGCUCAAGUACUUGGACAUGCCUCUUCCUCGUGGUGAACGUUCAUACUUCGCACUGACCUUGGAUAACGGGUUACACUGUGUCACCACAUCUUGGCUGGAGAUGGGCAAGACGGCCCCAAUCGGACAGGAGUUCGAGCUCAUUGUACAGAACGAUCUGGAGUUCCAGUUGACUCUGCAGAUGAAAAUCGAUGAAAACAAGUUCCAAACACCCGAGCCUGCGGCAUCCCCAUCGCGCCAAAAGGCCUCGGCCCUCAGUCGUGUGUUUGCUUCCCCUCGUCGUCGCAAGGAGCUUGACAUGAAGCAGCAAAUGCAGUCUCAGCAGCAGAAGGCCAAGGAUGUCAAUGCGCCUGUCUACGAUCGCCUCCGCAACCUGGUUGCUCGUGAUGGUAGCUUUGGCCGUGCCUAUGUUGCCCUGAGCGACCACGAACAGCAAGCCUUUGGCCGUCCUCACGUCGUUGACGUUGCGUGCUUCAACGAAUGGGCCGUCGAAGAUCAAAUGAGUAGUGUCAAGAGCAAGAAGAGUGCGACUAACGUAAAUGCGCAGCGUCGACCACCGUACAAGAUCGGCAAAUUGGAAGUGCAGCUCCUCUUUGUGCCCAAGCCCAAGGGCAGCAAGGAUGAGGACAUGCCAAAGAGUAUGAAUGCUUGCAUUCGUGAAAUGCGAGACGCAGAGAGCGUUGCAUCUCGGUCUUGGGAGGGAUUCCUGUCCCAACAAGGUGGCGAUUGCCCAUUCUGGCGCCGUCGCUUCUUCAAGCUUCAGGGAUCCAAAUUGACAGCGUAUCACGAAACAACGCGCCAGCCCCGAGCCACAAUAAACCUUGCCAAGGCAUCCAAGCUCAUUGACGACCGGUCCUCACUUCUUCAGAAGGAGACCAGCACCAAAAAUGGCGGUCGCCGGAAGUCUGCAUUCGCAGAGGAAGAAGACGGCUACAUGUUUGUCGAAGAGGGUUUCCGGAUUCGCUUUGGAAAUGGUGAAGUGAUUGACUUUUACGCCGACAGCGCUGCAGACAAGGAAGGUUGGCUCAGAGUCAUGUCCGAGGCUGUCGGUAAGGGCUCUACCUCCGGAAAUGGUGCAAUCAAGGCCUGGGCCGAUCUUGUGCUCAAGCGCGAGCGCAGCAUGAUGGCGAAACAAGAGACUUCCCGACCCAGCAGCGGCAUUCCCGUAGCACCCUCUUCGCCUUCUCGGAAUAGGAACAGUGCAAUGAUGGGACCGCCUUCUUCGGCAGGAUCUGGGGCGCCGGCGUCGCAGCCCCCUCGCUCCAAACACAAGCACACAUAUUCCCAACCUGAAAUGGGAGGUGCCGAGGCACGUCGACAGAAAACCCGCUCCCUCAUGUUCUAA